AUUCAGAUCGGAUCUAUAAUAAUUGGGUUUGUUUCUCACAAAACCCGUUAACCCAUUUUCACAAAUCCGACCCGAUAUAGAAGCUUGUUCUCUUCUCCAUCGGCAAUCGAAGUCGACGCGAAUGGCGGCAGCGGGGGAAGCCCUGAGCGCUUACCGAGCUUUGCUGCGGGCGGCGCGCAAGUCCUUCGCUGGAGAUACCAUGAUGAUCAAUGGCUCCACGGCGGAGAUCCGCAAGAAGUUCGAGGAGAACCGCGCCGUCUCGUCCGAGGCCGAGAUCAAGAAACUCUUGGGCGAGGCCCGUGAGGCCGCUCAUUUCAUCACCCAUAUGAUCGUCCAAGCUCGCCUUAACUCCUCCGGUGGCUACGUUGUUAAGCCUGAGAAAGACCAUGCAGGAGCAACUCUUGAGAUAAUUCCAUCUGAGGAGAUUUUUUAAAAGUCAGCCUGAAGUGACGAGUUUAUCAGAGCGUUGGCAUUCCAGUCAGGAAAUCUCCUUAGUGACCAGUUCAUUGAUAUUCCAGAUCUUGUUGAGAUGUUUAUCUGAUUUUGUGAGUUAAUGUUGAUCUAGGUUUUGCUCAGCCAAAUAUUUCUUUGGUUUGUAUUUGAUUUGUACCUUCUAGAACUCCUGAUGACUCAUUAUUUGGAAGAUAAAAUUGUCACUUGCAAGUGACAAUAGGACAUGAUGUCUACAUUCUAAGAAGCUGUGAAGGGAAUUCAAUGAAUUGCUUAGGUGGUUACUUUAA